AUGGAUGAUCUGGGAAACUUCCAGCUCCAGUUGCAGGUCUUUGCCGCCUCGGUUCCGGGCCUUGCAGAAACUCCGCUUGGCUCAUGGGCCGAGCAAAGGCCGAGCGUGGAGAUCUGCCUGGGAGAUAUCUGCAAAGAGACGAAGGUUGCGACAUGGGAUGAAGCCGCAGGCAGUUCUAGAGCAACCUGCUGGAUACCAAGCGGGCAAGAGUGUCCGUGGCGCUUUGAUGACACCCUGACCUUCACAACCUCCGUGGAAGAAUUGAACGCGCACUCAGCUUUGAGCUUUCGUCUUCGAGUCCAAAGUGGCCUCUCGCUGGGUGUAGUGACAGUGAAACUUCCGACAGAUAUUCGCGCUGUGGCUACCGCAGAUCUUCUCCGGCAUGUGCUGCCUAUAUGCAAUCCCACGCAGCCUGGCGAGAGGUUCCGAUACCAAAGUUCGGUGCAGAUGGUCACUUUAAAAGCAGUAGACGCAUCCGAAGCCGGUUCCAUUGCAGUUCUUUUCGCCUUGGAUGCAAAUCCCAAAGAAGUGUUAGCAGCCGCCGCAAGCAUAACCGCCGCUACGAAGCCGUCCUUGCGAAGAUCGGAAGCGACCACGCGGCCACCAUGGUGGCUUGAAUGCUGCAGCUCAGAGCAGGGACGGCGAGUGUGUUCAGAGCACUGUGCCGAAGACCAGGCUGAACAGGAUGGAGACACUUCAUUGAAUUUGCCAACUCUGCUGCGACGGCCUGAACCCCCGUCACUGCCGUCACCAGAACAGGCGCCGGAUGGAUGGAUCUGUCGGCGGGGUCCCGGGGGACGAAUGUUUUGGCAUCACAAAGCCCUGGGGCCUGCACCAUGGGAAGCUGUACCCUCUGGCUUGAAGAACAACCGGGCCUUUUACAGGUCCAUCAUGGGGAAAGUCGCGGACCUGUCAGAUCUACCUCAAAGCUCAGACUCCAUGCUCUGA